CGGGCACCUCGGUGUUUACACGGGGCGGCCCCGCGCGCGCCGCAGCGGCCCGCAGACGGCGAGGGGGAGGGGUGGUGCGCGCGCCGGCGGGGCCGCGCGGGGAGAAAGACACUGAAAGGCGUCGGCGGCCGGGCGGGGAGCGGCGCGCGCGGGCCGCGGCGGAGCCAGAGGCUGCAGGAAGAGCCGGCGGGGGCCCGGAGGGUGCGAUUCCUCGGCCCCCGCAAAACAAUGUGUGUUGUGCGCCAGGACGCAACUUGCCGGAGGCGGCGGGGGCGCGCCGAGCCCGCCUGAGACCGCGCUGACCUUCUCCCCCCGCCGUCCGUUGGGCCCGAGCGCCCAGCUCCUCGCUCCCCAGUUCGCGGGGGCCGGGCCGAGCCGCGGGGCGGGGCCGCCCCUCCGUCGCCGCUGCCUCCUCCCCCACCCCCAGCCGCGGAGGAUGCGGACGGCCCCCGGCGGCGUCUAGCGGCCCCGGGCCCAGGCGCGAUGGUGCAGCAGCGGGGCGCGAGGGCCAAGCGGGACGGCGGGCCGCCGCCCCCGGGACCCGGGCCGGCCGAGGAGGGGGCGCGCGAGCCCGGCUGGUGCAAGACCCCGAGCGGCCACAUCAAGAGGCCGAUGAACGCAUUCAUGGUGUGGUCGCAGCACGAACGGCGGAAGAUCAUGGACCAGUGGCCCGACAUGCACAACGCCGAGAUCUCCAAGCGCCUGGGCCGCCGCUGGCAGCUGCUGCAGGACUCGGAGAAGAUCCCGUUCGUGCGGGAGGCGGAGCGGCUGCGGCUCAAGCACAUGGCGGAUUACCCGGACUACAAGUACCGGCCGCGCAAAAAGAGCAAGGGGGCGCCCGCCAAGGCGCGGCCCCGCCCCCCCGGUGGUAGCGGUGGCGGCAGCCGGCUCAAGCCCGGGCCGCAGCUGCCUGGCCGCGGGGGCCGCCGAGCAGCGGGAGGGCCUUUGGGGGGCGGGGCGGCGGCGCCCGAGGACGACGAUGAAGACGACGACGAGGAGCUGCUGGAAGUGCGCCUGGUCGAGACCCCGGGGCGGGAGCUGUGGAGGAUGGUCCCGGCGGGACGGGCCGCCCGGGGACAAGCGGAGCGCGCCCAAGGGCCGUCGGGCGAGGGGGCGGCCGCCGCCGCCGCCGCCUCCCCGACACCGUCGGAGGACGAGGAGCCGGAGGAAGAGGAGGAGGAGGCGGCAGCGGCUGAGGAAGGUGAAGAGGAGACGGUGGCGUCGGGGGAGGAGUCGCUGGGCUUUCUGUCCAGGCUGCCCCCUGGCCCGGCCGGCCUGGACUGCAGCGCCCUGGAUCGCGACCCGGACCUGCAGCCUCCCUCGGGCACGUCGCACUUCGAGUUCCCGGACUACUGCACCCCCGAGGUUACCGAGAUGAUCGCGGGGGACUGGCGCCCGUCUAGCAUCGCAGACCUGGUUUUCACCUACUGAGCCCACCGUCAGCGGGGCGCGCACGCCCCCAAACCAGCUGUUUACAUACAGGAAUCAGGUAUUGGGGCCCCUCGGAGGCCGAGGCUGGCACCCCAUCUCCCGCGCAGCCUCCCCCCUCCUGGACGUGCCCAUCCCCCCUCAGAUCCAGACAUGCCCCUCCCCCGCAGACACACCCCAAGGCAGCCCAACCCCCACCCCUUCCCUGACACCCAAGCCCCUCCCCACGUUGCCCCCUCCUGCACAGCCACCAGCAGCCAGCCCCCUCCGAUACACCUCCCGUCCUCUCCUACAGACCUGCACCCCUCCCCCCUUUUGCACACGCCCCUCCUCGUGGCCGGAGGACCCGCCCCCUCCUUUGCUCCGGAAUCUCUCCUCCCUCGCCCAGCCUGCCUUCUCCGGGUUAGGGGGGCGAUGCGGCUGGGUGGCAACGCACGCUCCUCCUGUGCCCCUCCCUUCCCUGGGGGGAGGGGCGCACUCCUUUUAUCCCCGGAGCGCUAGGGCCCGCCUCUCCGCUGGGGCCCACCCCCUUCGUGCGCAUGCUUAAUGCUUCUGGGGAGGAGGGGGCUGGUCCCAGUGGAGCCGCACUCUUCGCCCGCUCCGGGCAAAAGCGGGGGCGAAUGUAGAGCGAUCCUGGGAAAUCCUUUGAUCCGGGAGCCCUAGGUUUCCUCUCUCCACCCAACGGGGCGUCGCUGCCUUCAUGGGAGGAGCACUUGGAAGGGUUGGUUUGGGCCUGAAACUCUCCCAAGUGGCAUAGCCCCUUUUCCGGUAUGGGGUCUCCUACACCCACGCGCACCACCUCUCCGGUCGCGUGGCUGCCUCUACAGCCUAUCUAUACGUCCCUUUUUUCCCCCAACUGGGAAUUGAGAGGUAAGGUCUUUCUCUGGAAAUCCAGCAGUAGAGGAAGGGACCACCCAAGAAAACUAAAAACCAAGGCACCUUACCAGUCUGUUUGGGGACAGGAUCCCUGCUGCACCUUCCCCACCCCCUCCUGGGAAGUGCCCCCUCACCUCAGGGCACCCGCAACCUGGGCUCCUCCCUAAGCCCACCGGCCCUUCCUGUCACCCAGGUCCACCCUCAGUACUCAAGCUGCAGUAUACAGCGGGAAAAACUGAGGCACUUUGGUGCUAGGGGUUUGGGACUGAGGCGUGGAUAGCAGAUGUGAUGGCAGAAAGACUCUCGCUUUUAAACAUCUGGUUUGGGAGAGACCAUCGACUUGGCCAGUGAGACUGAGAAUGGAUUCCGAGUAGUGAUGGGCCGUUUGCACCUCGGUUUUUCCACGUGAGAAAUGGGGAGAACGCUGCUGUUAGGAGGAAGUUGUGUCCAGUUCAGGGUGCCCUCGGGAGCCCUGUCCCUGUUGCUGUGACCCCUCUCACGCCGCCAUCUCUCUGCCCAGCCCCGCCCCUCCGGCCUCCCCACACCCCCCUUGCCCUCACUACCUGUAUCUCACCGGCGUGUGUUCACCCUCCCGGGUGGCUCACACACUCUCAUUCACACACACAAAUCUCAGGAACAAACGGUCCCAGAGUCCUCCGGACCCCUGCCCAGGGUCUCUGCAGGUCUCUGCCCCACGCGUUCCCGUCGCUGACAAAGCCACCAGCUGCCUCCUUUAAGCUUGGUGCUCCGGCUCUGGGCCUUUCUUGCGCUCUUUCUUUCUAUUUUUUUUUUUUUUUUUAAGAAAAACAACAACAAAAAAAGACAAUGAAAAAAAAAACGUCAUGUGAGUGAAGAGAUGUCACUGUCUGUGGUCUUGGAGAACUAGUAUCGUAGCUGAGGGGUGGGGUCCCUCUGUCUGGGGCACUGGCACCCACAGCAGGACUCCGCCAGUCUGAUGCCAGGACUGAAUAAAGUGUAUUUGCCCCGA